UUCUGCGUUUCCUGUCUGCUUCCUCAACAACAAACAUAGCAGGAGGUCUACAUUUACUCAAAAUCUGUUCAAAUAGGAUUUUAUUCUUCUCACAUUUUCACUUACUUUGGGUUUUCUAAGAGAAAUGAAGCUGAAUACCUCCGUUUAGACGGAGUCGGGUAAAGAGGUUCGGGAAACUAAUUCACUAACGCAGCUGAGACGAUGAGAAAUCAUUGGUUUUAUGCUUCCCACAUGUAGCAAAGCGACUGAAGCAUGUUUAGGACGCUCCCCUGAUCACUGCGAUGGACGAGGACACUCCAACUUUGAAGCCCAGACGGAUCCAGAAUCAGAACGUGGUCCAUCGCCUGGAGCGGCGAAGAAUUUGCUCGGGGCGACCCGGAUCUCACUGGUACCGAGUGCGCUGCUUUCACCAGAACCUGUUCCCUAACUUCACUGUGGUGAACGUAGAGAAGCCGCCUUGCUUCCUCAGGAAGUUCUCACCGGAUGGGCGCUACUUCAUCGCCUUCUCCUCCGACCAGACGUCCCUAGAGAUAUAUGAAUACCAAGGCUGUCAGGCAGCUCAGGACCUGCUGAGAGGCCAAGAAGGAGAGACUCUUUCAACAGCCAAUGACCAGCGCUCCCUCAACAUCCGGGGCCGCCUGUUUGAGCGCUUCUUCUCUUUGCUUCACGUCACUAAUGUGGCCUCAAACGGAGAACACCUCAACCGGGAGUGCAGCCUCUUCACAGACGACUGUAGAUAUGUCAUUGUCGGCUCAGCCGUUUACGUUCCCGAUGAUCCUCCGCCGUACUUCUUUGAGGUUUAUCGCAACAACGAAUCGGUGACCCCCAACCCUAGGUCUCCUCUGGAAGACUACUCUCUCCACAUCAUCGACCUCCACACCGGCAGGCUUUGUGACACCAGGUCCUUUAAGUGUGACAAGAUCAUCCUGUCUCACAACCAGGGACUCUACCUCUACCGGAACAUCCUGGCUGUGUUAUCAGUCCAGCAGCAGACCAUCCACGUGUUUCAGGUCACACCUGAAGGGACCUUUCUGGACGUGAGAACGAUCGGCCGCUUCUGCUACGAGGACGACCUCCUGACGCUCUCGGCCGUUUAUACGGAAGCUCAGGCAGAGAGUCAGACCGGGGUCCCUCGCCUCUACACCGACAAAACCAUUAACUCCCUCAAGCACAGGUUGCUGGUCUACCUGUGGAGGAGAGCCGAGCAGGACGGCAGCGCCACGGCCAAGAGGAGGUUUUUCCAGUUUUUCGAUCAACUCAGACGUCUGAGGAUGUGGAAGAUGCAGCUGCUGGACGAGCAUCACCUCUUCAUUAAAUACACGAGUGAAGACGUGGUCACGCUGAGAGUCACCGACCCGUCGCAGCCGUCGUUUUUCGUUGUGUACAACAUGGUGUCCACCGAGGUUCUGGCUGUCUUUGAGAACACCUCUGACCCGCUGCUUGAGCUCUUCGAGAACUUCUGUGACCUUUUCAGGAACGCCACCCUGCACAGCCAGGCUGUCCAAUUUCCCUGUUCUGCUUCGUCCAACAACUACGCACGCCAGGUCCAAAGAAGGUUUAAAGACACUAUCGUGAACGCCAAAUACGGCGGCCACACCGAAGCGGUGCGGCGCCUGCUCGGUCAGCUCCCCAUCAGCGCCCAGUCAUACAGCAGCAGCCCUUACCUCGACCUGUCGCUCUUCUCCUACGACGACAAGUGGGUGUCAGUGAUGGAGAGGCCAAAGACCUGCGGAGACCACCCCAUCAGGUUUUACGCCAGAGAUUCCGGUCUGCUGAAGUUUAAGAUCCAGGCGGGCCUGCUGGGUCGGCCCGUUAAUCACGCCGUGCGCCGCUUGGUUGCUUUCACUUUUCACCCCUUUGAACCCUUCGCCAUCUCCGUUCAACGAACCAAUGCCGAGUAUGUGGUCAACUUCCACAUGAGACACGUCUCAGCAUGAAGUAAAGCCGUGUGUAAGGUUAAAACUCCAGGGGUUGUGUUCAACUCCUGGCAGAGAAACGUCCAUCCUUCUGCUCCUCUCAGGGUUCCUGAACAUUUUGAACAAAUUUAUGUCAAAAUUCUGGACUCAUUUUUUAUUUUUUUUCAGAGCUCUACACGUGUUUUAGAUAUUUUGUUCCUGGUUCUACAGAAUUGAAAUAUAAAACCAAAAAACAACAGGCCGAUGAACGGACGAAAAGGCGGAUUAAUAGAACUUUUUCCAUAAUGGGACAAGAAUCCAGCCCAAGUCAUGCAAAUAUUUUUUCCAUGCUCCUUUCCUUUUCCAGACUUGAAAAAAUACCCCCAGCCCUUAUCCCUUCUGACCCUCCUCCCUUCUCAGCACACAGCACUUCUGCCUUUUCCCUCUCACCUCCUGUUAUUUCUUCCCUCCUCUGCGGAACAAAGAGGCAGCUGAUAGAAUAAGUGUAAAUGGAGACGUGGAGAGUGUGUUGAGGUGCGAUCCAGAUAGGUUUUUCUUUUUUUAUGUUCGCAUCUUCAGUCAUUUUGAUGCUCCAAUGUUACUUUUUUUUAUUCUGAUAUUAUUUUACUUUUUAAUGUUUGAUUUUACUUGUUCUACAACCAUUAAAGCCCAUUUUAUUAUUCAUUUUAGCGCCAAAAA